AUGGCUGCAGAAGUUGAGGUGAAGCCUGGGAAACGUGUCCUUUCUAGCACAAAUGGUAAAAGACUUCGAAUUACUCAGGCAUCUUUGGGAAUUGGUAAUGCGGCGGAAAAGACCAUUGUCCAAUGUAGAAUUGGGAGGAAGAACAGGCCAAUUAUCCUCUGCGCUUUGGUGCCGUAUAUAGCUGAGUCAUGCUGUUUGGAGUUGGAAUUUGACGAGGUACACGAUAUGAUCUUCUCAGUGAUUGGCCAACGGAGUAUUCACCUGACGGGUUAUUUUGUCCAUGACAAUAAACCUAUUUUUCUAGACAGUGAUGUUACUGAAGAUACUGAAGGGGAUUCUUAUAACUCUGAAGAUGAUGAAUAUGAAGGCAGUUGUAUUGAUGACAGCGAGCUACCAGUUCCGGCACCUUCCCGGAUAUUCUCUCACCAAGGGAAAAAGAACACCGAGGAACUUAGGUCUAAACGGCUUAACAAGAAACUUGACGUUGAGUUUAAUCAAAGUGAUGAGUUGAAUGAGAGCAAAGACGAAGAUACUGGCAAUCAGGGUUGUGAACCGAAGGAAAACAAAGAUGUAGUUGAGGCAAGCUUGUGUCAACAACAAGAAAGAGAUACAAAAAUAGGUGAUCAAAAAGAAAUUCCCCAACAGAUGGAGUCCCAAGAAGUUGUUGAUGAUGAUGCUAAAGAUCGGGAACGAGAAAAUGGUGAAAGCAAGAUGGAAUGGUGUUUCGUGAUAGUGUCAAGAAUAGCAAUAUUAUUGGAGAGGACAGAACACACACAGCUCACAUCACUUGCACUCAUAUUCAGCCAAAUGACUCUAUGUAAGAAUGGACUUCCCUUUGAACUCAAAACAGAAAAAGACCAAUCACUGGAGGAGAUGAUGGUGAUUACUGAUAGUGUAAAAAAUAAAGUUGUUAUUGGAGAGGAUGGAACACAGUUAUCACAGAACAUGUCUGAUCAUAUUCAAGCAAAUGAGUCUAAAAAUGUGGAUGAUGAUCUAGACCAUGUCCUUGGUGUUGUUAGCUAUGAAAAUGUCUCGGAAUCAAAGGUGAAUGAUAUAGUUUCAUUGAUGGGAUCUUCAAUUGAAGAUGAGGCUGGAAAUUUAAAAAAUGCAAUUGAAGUCGUAACGAUAAAGCAAGGACUUGAUAUUUCUAACAAGAAGGAUAGUCCAACACAUCAUGAUGAAACAAUGAUUGAUGCUGAUACUAAUACUGUACCUAACUCACUUCCCAUGGAUACUCAAUCCAAGAAGAGGACUUUGGAGAAAAAGAAAACACCUGAGCAUAAAAAAAGCAAACCCGAAGUUGAAGGUAGUUCUGGUACAAACAUAUGGAAUGCAAUUCAGAAUGAGGGGAAGGUAGUUGUGUAUGAGCCAAAUGAAGAAAAGACGGUCGUAUACAAGCAGGAUGAUGUAACUGAAAAGCAAUGUGAAGCACAUUCUUUAUCAAAUGGGUUGAUUAUUGAAGAACUGACUAAGAGAGAUCCUAAUGGAAAAUUAGCUCUGCGUGGAAGAAAGGUCAAAAUUCAUUUCACUGGAAUGUACUUAUAUUUUCUUGGAGUUUAG